UCUCACGCCGCCGCCGCCGCCGCUCACACGCACAUUAGACCCGGUCACAGCGCCUCUGUAGCCGGUUUAUUACCGGGCAGCGCCGCGGGGAGGUGGCCGGGAGGGAUGUGCUCACGUGUGUGGGUUUGUUUUCCGCAGGUCCUCGGCAGCGUGAGACGACUCGAGAGGAUCCGGGGGCUCCGGUGAAGGCGGGGCCGGGCGGAGGUCGCCGGCGUUCGGCAUGGAGAGCGGAGAUGCAGGCGGAGGAGCCCGCGGCCCGGCACUGCGCUGCGCCUCCUUCAACCAGGACUCCACGUCACUGGCUGUGGGAACUAAAGAAGGUUACAAGCUGUUCUCCGUCACCGCAGUGGAUAAACUUGAGUGUAUUCAUGAAAGUGCAGAGAACCCGGACGUCUACAUCGUGGAGCGUCUGUUCUCCAGCAGCCUGGUGGUGGUGGUGUGUCACUCGAUGCCGCGCCGAAUGAACGUCUAUCACUUCAAGAAAGGGACGGAAAUCUGCAACUACAGCUACUCCAACUCCAUCCUCGCCGUGCGCCUUAACCGACAGAGGCUGGUGGUUUGUCUGGAAGAGUCCAUUUACAUCCACAAUAUAAAGGACAUGAAGCUUCUGAAGACCCUUCUGAACACACCAUCCAAUCCCUCAGGUCUCUGCGCUCUCUCCAUCAACCAUUCCAACUCUUUCCUGGCGUAUCCCGGAAGCAGCACCAUCGGAGAGAUCAUCGUCUACGACGCCAACAAUCUGAACACAGUGACCGUGAUUCAAGCUCAUGACAGUCAGUUGGCCGCCAUCACCUUCAAUGCCUCAGGCACCAAACUGGCCAGUGCCUCAGAGAGGGGCACAGUGAUCAGAGUGUUCUCCAUUCCAGAAGGACAGAGACUGUUUGAGUUCCGCAGGGGAAUGAAAAGAUACGUGAACAUCAGCUCUCUGUCCUUCAGUCCUGAUGCUCAGUUCCUCUGUGCCUCGAGCAAUACCGAGACGGUCCACAUUUUCAAAUUGGAGCAGCACGGACACAGUGGCGAGGAGGAGAACCCCUCGUGGUCAGCGUACGUAGGCAAGAUGUUUUCAGCAGCAAGCAGCUACCUGCCAUCCCAGGUUUCAGGAAUGAUGAGUCAGGAUCGAGCGUUCGCCACGGUCCGCCUCAACACACACGGCCACAAACACACCUGCACUUUAACAACAAUCCAGAAGCUUCCACGGCUCCUCGUCGCCUCGUCUGAAGGGCAGCUCUUUAUUUAUAACAUCGACCCUCAGGACGGGGGCGAGUGCACCCUGGUGCACACGCACAGGCUGUUAGGAUCGGAAGAGGAGUCCGAGGUGUCCGAGGAAACGGCGGCUCCUUCCUACGCUGCCACGGCGGCCAUCGGCACCCACGGACCCGUCUCUACUACGCUAACCGGAUAUUCCGAGGACGGAGGGGUGAUGAAGGGCGAGGUGAUUCCCGAGCACGAGUUCGCCGCCGGUCCCGUGCGCCUGGACGACGAGACCGAGUUUCCUCCAAUAAAUCGGUGUCUUGGUGGAUCUCGUCGUGGCAGAACCGGCCGCCCGUGAGAGCCUUCCAUCCGGACCGGGACGACCCUCAGUACACGAGCCGGCAACUAAUUAAUGCGUUUCAGGAAUAAUUAACUCCCAGUUCCCGGAGUAAUCCGAGUCAUUUCAGGGUGCUAACGAUUUCACGAUCACGAAAAACAAAACCCCGCAGAAGCACCGGGAGGGGGCGUAGUCAGCAUGGUUGCUCGCUCUCCCAAAGGGCCGUGUUAUAUGCAUGAACAAAACCGUCGCCACGGACACGACACGCGUCUCAGCAAGAUGUUAAAAAAGAAAGGAGGGAAAAAACCUGUAGCAUCGUAUAUUAUAUAAUAUAAUAUUUUAUUCUAUUAUAAAUACGGAUACAUUUUGUUUAACCUCGUCAUAUUUACUGAUGGAUUCCGUUGUUUUGUUUUUUUUGUUUUGUUUUUAACGUGUAUUAAUACCUAAUCCUUGUUUACACGUCACCAUCCUGAACACUAAUACCACAGGAUGUGCUUUUAAAAUAAAAACAUGUACGUGCCUAUGAGUUUCUUUGUACGUCGCAGAAGUUUGCUGGAAGACCAAAAAAAAAAAAAAAAUGUAGAAACUAGGAAUAAAUUGAUGCAAAGCA